AGUUUACGGAAGAGCAACUGGUAGAAGUGGACGCAUUUUAAUGGAUGAGAGAACGAUAAAUCGUCGAUAUACGUAGAUAAUACGCGUGAAUUUAACAUUUAAUAGAUAGGAAAAGGUCUCAAAAUGCCUUUAUUUGGUCAAAACCCGUUCGAUCAGGAUGUGGAGAAAGCAACUAGUGAAACUAGCACAUCAGAGGACUGGUGCCUCAUUAUGGAUAUCUGUGACCGGGUCGGGACAACUCCCAAUGGUGCAAAGGAUUGUCUCAGGUCAAUCAUGAAGCGUGUGAACCACAAGGUCCCUCAUGUAGCCAUGCAAGCAUUAACGUUGCUGGGUGCCUGCGUUUCAAACAGCGGAAAAAUCUUUCACCUAGAAAUCUGCUCGCGGGAGUUUGCCAGUGAAGUUCGUGGUGUGUUGAACAAGGUUCACCCAAAGGUUGCUGAGAAACUCAAGGCCUUGAUGGUGGAGUGGGCCGAAGAUUUCCAGAAAGACGCACAGCUGAGUCUCAUCAGUGCCACCAUCAAGUCCCUCAAAGAAGACGGAGUGUCCUUUCCCACCGCAAACACCCAGAGCUCCAGCACAAAGCCCAGCAGCACUCCUGCCACCAGCAAAGCAGCUGAUGAUGAUGAUCUGGCCAAAGCCAUUGAGCUGUCCCUACAGGAACAGAAACAGCAGGCAGAGACACGACCCCUUACCAUGAUAGCUGAUCCACCCUACAACACCAACGGAGGGAAAGAGUCCCGUAAAGUGCGUGCCCUCUAUGAUUUUGAAGCAGCGGAAGACAAUGAGCUCACUUUUAAGGCUGGAGAGCUUGUGAUCAUCCUUGAUGACAGUGAUCCAAACUGGUGGAAAGGAGAGAAUCAUCGAGGAGUAGGCCUCUUCCCAUCAAACUUUGUCACCACCAACCUGAAUGCCGAACCAGACCCUGUGAUGUAUGUAGAGAAGACAGUAGCCCCAGAGGAGCCCAUCGUUGAAGUCAAAGCUGAGCCUGAACCUGUGUAUAUAGAUGAGGAGAAAAUGGACAAAACUCUCUACCUGCUCCAGAACACAGACCCUGCAGAUGCCUCACCUGACGGCCCGGAGCUGCUCACAUUAGAAGAUGCUUGUGAAAAGAUGAACCCGAUGAUUGAUGAGAAACUACAAGAAAUCGACAGGAAGCACUCAGAGUUGUCCGAGCUGAAUGUGAAGUUGCUGGAGGCUCUGGAACUGUAUAACCAGCUAAUGAAUGAGGCUCCUCUUUACAAUGCAUACUCCAAAAUGCAGAGUCUCCAAGGCACUUACCCAGGAGCCCCUACUCCUCUCGCUAUGCAGGGUUAUCAGCCAUCUGGAGCCUACAUGUCCUCUGGUGUUCCACAGGGAUAUAGUCUUACGGACCAAGCUGGACCUCUCUGCUCCCUUCCUCCUUCAGUCAAUUCAGUGCCCACCAGCCAGCCAACACAACCUCCUUACAUCAGCGGCCCCAUGAAUGCAGCAUAUGUAAACCAUGCUCCUGGAGCCCCCGCCCCUUACCCACCACAGAUGAGCAUGGCUAUGGACAUGUCUGCCUAUCAGAACGCUAAUCCUGGUCUGCCUCCAGCCUCCUAUCCGAUGUCCGCUCUGGCCCAACCUGCACCUCAGCAGCAACAAGCAGCCUUCUACCAGCAACCCCUUAUGUAAGGCUGACUCCACAGCCAUUAAUAUUCAAUGCAAAUUCCAAAUGGUGAAAUGAGGUCGAGAGUAUUUUUCUCUUACGUCUCUAUCGAUGUCAGGGGGUAUGCAAAGAUUCGCUGACAUUUGUCUUCACAGGACAAAGAUGUAAUCCACUUGAAAGGAAGCAAGCACUUGCUAACACAUGAAGCAGUUUAGGGCAGGUGUUCAGAGUUGAUGGAAUGAGUCACACUAACAUCAUAAACAUAACAAUAUC